AUGCCUUUCAACACAGAACUCACCCGCCGUCUCGGCAUCCGCGUCCCCGUCAUCCAGGGCGGCCUCAUGCACGUCGGCACCGCAGACCUCGCGUCGGCCGUCUCCAACGCCGGCGGCCUGGGCAUCAUCACGGCGCUCAUCUCGCCCACGCCCGACGCCCUGCGCGCCGAGAUCCGCCGCUGCCGCAGCCUGACGGACAAGCCGUUCGGCGUCAACCUGACGCUGCUGCCGUCGCUGCUGCCGCCCGACUACCCGGCGUACGCGCAGGCCAUCAUCGACGAGGGCGUCAAGAUCGUCGAGACGGCGGGCAACUCGCCCGGCCCCGUCAUCCGCCAGCUGAAGCAGGCCGGCGUCACGGUGCUGCACAAGUGCACCACGAUCCGGCACGCCCAGAGCGCGGUCAAGCUGGGCGUUGACUUCCUCAGCAUCGACGGCUUCGAGUGCGCGGGCCACGUCGGCGAGAGCGACAUCACCAACUUCAUCCUGCUGGGCCGCGCGCGGCAGACGCUCAAGACGCCCUUCAUCGCGUCGGGCGGCUUCGCCGACGGGCAGGGGCUCGCGGCGGCGCUGGUGCUCGGCGCCUGCGGCAUCAACAUGGGCACGCGCUUCGUCUGCACCGAGGAGGCGCCCGUGCACCGCAACAUCAAGGAGGCCAUUGUCAGGGGCCAGGAGACGGACACGGCGCUGCUGCUGAGGCGCUGGACCAACACCACGCGGCUGUACAAGAACAAGGUCGCCGAGGAGGCGCUCAAGGUCGAGCGGGAGAGCAAGACGGGCGAGUUUUCCGAGGUGGCGCCCUUUGUGAGCGGCAAGAGGGGCAAGGAGGUCUUUAUCAACGGCGAUCCGGAGCAUGGAGUGUGGACGACGGGCCAGGUCAUGGGCCUGAUUCACGACAUCCCGACGUGUGCUGAGCUGGUUGCUCGUAUUGAGAAGGAGGCCGAGGCGACGUUGCGGGAGAAGCUAUCCAUGAUUGUGUCGGAUUCGAAGUUGUGA